AUGUCAAACGAAACUCCAACCAAAGCAACUAUAUUAUUUGUGUAUAAUACGGGACAAUUCACGAUUUUGCGUGUCAUAAUUUCACAGGGGGCAUUAAUUAAUUAUUCUCAGGGUAAAUUGAUUUAUGCAAACUUUGCGCAAGAAAGCGAUUUUACUGCCUUACAAGAUAUGGGAGUGGAUAUGAAUGGGACCAUAGCCCUUGUUAAAUACGGGGGUGGUGUAGGUCGUGGUGGGAAGGCGAUUAACGCGGAAAAGUUUGGAGUGAUUGGAGUUCUCGUGUAUUCUGACCCUGCUAACUAUGCUGUAGAAGGCGAACAAGGCUACCCAAUCGAUUCUAGCUUGCCAGGCACCGGUGUACAGCGUGGGUCGGCAUUGGGGGAUCAUGGAGACCCGUCAACGCCAGAUUAUCCAUCAACCGAGUAUGCAUACAGGGUACCACUGGAAGAAAUCAAACAAUUUCCCCCCAUUCCCUUGCAGCCCAUUGCUUACGAAGACGCAGAGGCCAUGUUAAAGUUAGUUGCAAUGCAUUUGCUCGAACUUAAUUGGCACUCACGUAUUAAUAACAACGACAGCAGCAACAGCAGGACUCUGAUGUUCGGCAGUUGGGGUUCGGAAGAGUUCGGUUUACUCGGUUCGAACGAAUGGUUAGAGGAACAUUGGACAUUCGCUUCAGAACGAAUGGUCAGUUACAUCAACCUUGAUAUUGCUGUGUUUGCCAAUCAAUCGUUUGCAGCGGCUGCUAGUCCAUUGAUGUCGAAGGCACUGUACAGUGCUGCUCAACGGGUGACCGACCCUGCUAAUAUUGCGAACACAGUCAAGGACACUUGGUUGGAAAACUUUCCAAACGCCGACAACACUCAACCGGAAUUGCGAAAACUGUCCACGAGUUCAGAUUACGCCCCAUUUUACCAAACGAUGGGAGUAACAUCAGCCGAUCUCUCGUAUCGUGGGAACGCGAAACGAGAUCCGAGAUACAAUAUCUCACCCUACCCAACCUACCACACAGCCUACGAUACGUUUGAUUACGUUGAAAGAUUUGUGGAUCCUGGAUUCGUGGCCCACACUGCUGUAUCAAAGGUAUCCGGAGUCAUCAUGAUCUUACUUUCCGAUUCUCUUGUUUUGCCGUUCGACGUCCAGAACUUUGCGAAUUACGUCAAGUCGCAAGUCGUUGCUACAGAGACGGAGUUCGGGAAUAGCCUUUCCGCAAAUGGAAUAUCGUUAGAGUUCUUGAAAAGCGCUGGCGACAAGUUCGUGAGCUCAGCGGAGAGCUUCCAAAACUACAUCGACGCCACAUUGGACAGAACCGACCCAAAAGACAUCAACUGCGUAAACGAGCGAUUGCUUUUACUGGAACGAACAUUCAUUGAACCUAAAGGACUUCCUGGGCAACCACAGCUAAGACACGUUUCCGGCUCCCCUGCUUUGACAAGUGGCUCCUCCGGGUCGUUUCCAGGUUUAAAAGACGCAAUGUCUGCGAUAACGCCUUCUGAUAAGAAGCAAUGGGAACUGGUGAAACAGCAAUUGGCAUUGGUCACUUACAAAAUCGAAACUGCAGCUCAGUUUUUGACAAUAUAGCUACAUUGGCUUUAAAUCUUUAAUUGAUUUAGUGCUGAACUUGAACGCAAUGUAUAUUUCUUGGUCUGCUACAACAUAUGGUGUAGUUACAAGUGUAUUUGCAUGGCUAAUAUCACAAAUAUAUGUGGUAUAUUUAAAAUAUAUUUUCCUGAAUUGAAUGAAUGAAUGAA